AUGUUCUCCAAAGCCCUCCUCGCAGCCGCUGCCGUCAGCAUAGCAUGCGCCCAGCUCCCCGGCCUCGCCAAGCGCGACUUCCUCCUGCAGGACCGCCAGGAUCAGGACCAGCAGCAGCCGGACGACAAGUGCCAAUCAGCCAUCACGUCGGUGCUGCCGCUCUACGAUUCGCUGCCGACACCUCCCCCGGCGCUGCUGAGCGUCACCAUUGACGCCCACCCCUGCGCCACGCCGACCUUCACCGGCGAGGCCGCCGCCGAGUACAGCUUCUACACGUCUGAGGUGCUGGGCUGGUACGCGUCCAACAGCGCCAAGCUGAACGGCGCCCUGGCCUCGUGCUCGGAUCUUGCGUCGUACGCGUCGGCCGUGCCCAUCUGCAGCUCGGCGGUCGCGGCGGCCGGCGCAGGGAUGACUACUACUUCGGCCGAGACAUCCAAUGCUACCGGCAGCAGCACUGAGACCACUUCGUCUGCGGGUUCGCACGCUACUUCGAAGGCGGCAUCCUCGGCAUCGGGUGCGAAGGCAAGCGCCACCGACUCGGCUGCGAGCGCUUCGUCGUCUGUCGUGAAGGGCGCGGCGGCGCGCGAGACUGGGUUUGUGAUGGUGGUCGGGGUUGUGGCUGCGGGCUUCAUGGCGGCCGUCGCCGCUCUCUAA